UACACCCCGAGGGGCGGCGGCGCAGCUCAGACCUCAGCAUGGAGCACUACCUGCGGGGAUGCCGGGCGGCGCUGCAGGAGUCCCGGCCGCUGCACGUCGUGAUGGGAAACGAAGCCUGCGACCUGGACUCGACAGUGUCAGCCCUGGCCCUGGCUUUUUACCUGGCAAAGACAACGGAGACUGAGGAAAUCUUUGUGCCUGUUUUAAAUAUACAACGUUCCGAGCUGCCGCUGCGGGCCGACAUCGUGUUCUUCCUUCAGAAGGUGAACAUUCCAGAAUCCCUCUUGAUUUUCCGGGACGAGGCUGACUUGCAUGCUUUGCACCAGGCCGGCCAGCUCACCCUCACCCUUGUCGACCAUCACGUUUUACCCAAAGCUGACGCAGCCCUGGAGGAGGCGGUGGCAGAGGUGCUGGACCACCGGCCUGUGGAGCAGAAGCAGCGCGCGCCCUACCGAGUGUGUGUAGAGCUGGUGGGCUCCUGUGCGACCCUGGUGACCGAGCGGAUCCUGCAGGGGGCGCCAGAGAUCCUGGACUGGCCGACUGCAGCUCUUCUGCACGGAACAAUCAUCCUGGACUGUGUCAACAUGGACCCCAAAAUGGGAAAGGCAACCCCGAAAGACAGCACAUACGUGGAGAAGCUGGAGCGCCUCUUCCCAGAUCUGCCCAAGAGGAAAGACAUCUUUGAUUUUCUACAAAAGGCAAAAUUUGAUGUGUCAGGACUGACCACUGAGCAGAUGCUGAGGAAGGACCAGAAGACCAUCUUCAGGCAGGGCAUCAAGGUGGCCAUCAGUGUCAUCUACAUGGAUCUGAAGGCCUUCCUGCAGAGGUCUGGCCUCAUGGCCGAGCUCCACGCUUUCUGCCAGGCCCAUGGCUAUGACGCCCUGAUCGCCAUGACCAUCUGUUACACACCGCACAGCGAGCCAGAGCGCCAGCUGGCCGUUUUCUGUCCUCCUGCGGCUCUGCAAGCAACAAUCUGCAGGGUGCUGGAGUGCUCACAGGCGCCAUCCCUGAGGCUCACCCCUCUCCCCAGCACCCACCCACACCUCCAGGCUUAUCUUCAGGGAAAUGCCCAAGCCUCUCGCAAGAAGGUCCUGCCUCUGCUCCAGGAAGCCUUGUCAGCACAUUCUGACUCUGUGAAUAUCCCUUGCUGGCAGCCGGAGGUGGGAGGCGUGUCCAGGGAGCACAUGGACAAGGAACUGGACAGGGCAGGGCACCCCCUGGCCCCGGGGCUGAGUCAGGAUGAUGAGGAGCCCUCCCUGCCCCCCACGCCCAUGAACAGCUUGGUGGACGAGUGCCCACUGGAUCAGGGGCUGCUGAAGCUCUCGGCCGAUGCCAUCUUUGAGAAAUGCUGCCAGAUCUCCCUCUCCCAGGCCAAGAAGUGACCACCACGGGCCGAGCAGAGGGCCAGGCAUGCGCCCGGAAUGCAUGCGUCGAGCGUGCUGGGAGCCGGUGUUCUGAUCUCGUCACACUGGCUGGAGGAGGCCCCCUCCUCCCUCCCCCCCAGCCACACUCGGUGUUUAAUUUAUUUCCUUUAAUCAACACUGACUUUCCUCUCUUUCCUUUGCUUGGGGCGCAAGGUCAGGCCUGCACAGUCCCAGCAGAGCUGCACAAAAGAUGAAUGUGUACCCAUAGGGUCCUCAGACCCUUAACACAAUCACUGUCCGUCUUGGAGCCGUGAUUCGCCGUCUCGGAGUCAUUCUCUGGUCAGUCAGAAGGACUGGGAGCCGGAGAGGGCAGAGAAUGGGCUUUGGGAACACGGAUUUGCAACUGCCCCAGUGCCAGGACGCCUCCUGCACUCCCCAAGACCUUACUCUGCCGGCUCCGUUUCUACUCUGGGUGGGGGCAUGCCCCGCUCACGUUGGGAGCAGGUUUGAGACCGUGUUCCUUGGUCCUCCCCUGCUGGCCUGCCUGCCUCUCCAUUGCCAUGCUUCUGACCCCGGGAGGCUCCUGCAGGAGCCAGGAGCACUGGUUUGUGAGUUUGGGAACCUCCAUAAGCCCCACCACCUGGUGGGAAUGAGUCCCGGAAGCUGCAGAUCUCUGGGAGAGCCCAGACUGCCUCGCAGGCCCGGGCCUUCCCCUUCCAUCCCCUUCUCUUCCUGCUCCUCCUCUGAAAGGCAGGUAGAGUUCUCACCCAGGGACCUGAGUGAUGGGACAGGGGGAAGCUGAUGGCCUUGCACGCGGCCGACCCAGGUUCCAGGGUCCAUCCCCAGCACCCCUGGGCAUAGGAACCAGGAGCAGAUCCUGAGCACCGAAAGGUGUGGUCCGAAAAAAAACAAAAACCAGUUCUCCUCAGGCAGCCCUGACUGUCGUCUGGCAAGACGCUUCCCGUUGCUCGUUUCCCGCCUGGGAAGUCAAGAACCUGGGUUGUCUCUGGGAUUCUGUGGUCUGCCCCUUGCUCCCACUUCUCUGCUACUGGUUUUUGUUGUUGUUGAUUCUGUUUUCCCCGGAAUGUGCAGGGUCACUGGAUCGUCCAUGUUUCUGUGUGAUUGUACCGAGGGACCCCGCUGAUGUCGCAUGUACAGGGUAUAAUGAUCCAUGCUCGAGGGACCCGCCUGGUUCUCCCCUUGACAUGUUCUGCAUGUGUCCACUCCCUCCCCACCACCCGCCUCUCCGUGUGUGUCCCCCCUGCCCCAUGCCCUGUGAGUGCCAGCAGUGGCCCCGAGCAGUAGGUCUGUGAUGGUUUGGGCAUGUCCAGUGUGAAGGGGCUAGUUUGACUUCGCUUUGAGGGAAUGACGUGAUAGACAUUAGAGGAUAAAAAUAGCGUGAUUACUGAACCAAAGGAAUUUAUGUUUUGUAACUUGGGUACUUUGUUUUGCAUUUUGUUAAGGUAUUAAAUACUUUUUCUUCCUGUCCAGA